AUGAGGUCGAAGAAAGGUGCUAAAGGUUGGAUGAUGAUUAAAGUGGAUCUAGAAAAAGCAUAUAACAGAAUUAGUUGGGACUUUCUUCGAGAUACUCUGCAGGAUGUGGGGUUUCCUCCAAAUAUCAUAAACCUUGUUAUGUGGACAUUGGACCUUGGCAAGUAUUUGGGUAUUCCAAUUCAGCAACGAAGAAUUGGGAAGGCGACAUUUAGUCACAUCCUAGAUCGAGUUCACUCUAGGAUUAAUGCUUGGAAUCACACUAGUCUUUCCCUGGCUGGUCGAAUUACUCUCUCUAAAGUUGUUCUCUUAGCUAUACCAGCUUACGUGAUGCAAGUCUCAGUCGUUCCCCUUGGAGUUUUUGAUGAGAUUGAAAAACAAAUUAGGAGUUUUGUGUGGGGCUCAACUAGAUCAACUAAACGCCCACAUCUGGUUGCGUGGGAUCAACUGUGCAUGAAUAAAGAUCAAGGUGGCCUGGGUCUGAGGAAAAUGAAGGACUUUAACAGGGCAUUUAUUAUGAAAGUUGGAUACGGGAUCCUCUCCAAUCCUGACGCGCUCUGGGCUAAAGUAUUAAGGAGUAAAUAUAAGGAUAUUGCUGGUACCUUGGCAACAGAAGAGGCUGAGGAUUCAGCACAAGUGGGCAAGUUGCGUUCAGCUCUAGAAUCCGUUGAUCUCAAAAGAAGAAAGAUUUUGCAACAAAUGAGAAGUGAUGUAGCGUUAUUAUUGGAAAAUGGUGGUUCACCUAUUCAAAGUCCUUCUUCUGCAGCUGAAGAUGCACGAUUAGCAUCUCUCAUUUCACUUGACGGCAUAUUGAAGCAAAUCAAGGAUAUAACAAGACUUUCUACUAUGAACACCAUCGGGAAAAGUAAGAAAAGAACAGUGCUUGUUUCUCUUGAUGAACUAACAGAACGAAUGCCUUCGCUUCUUGAAAUUGAUCAUCCAUGUGCUCAGAGGCACAUUGCAGAUGCUUGCCGCAUGGUUGAGUCAAUUCCUGAAGAAGAUGACCGCAUUCAAGAUUUAUCACAUGCUCGCAAGCCAUCAACUGAUGUGGGCUCUGGAUCUGGAACUGAUGUGGCACAGUGGAACGUGCUUCAAUUUAAUACAGGCAAUACCUCACCAUUUAUAAUCAAAUGUGGAGCAAACUCAAAUUCAGAACUAAUAAUUAAAGCUGAGGCUCGAGUUCAGGAACCUAAUGGAGGUGAGAUUGUGAGGGUUGCCCCUAGGCCGUCCAUUUUGGAAAAUAUGAGCUUGGAGGAAAUGAAGCAAGUAUUUGCUGAACUACCUGAUGCUUUAAGCUUGCUUGCCCUGGCAAGGACUGCAGAUGGAACUCGAGCACGGUAUUCUAGAUUAUAUAGGACCUUGGCUAUGAAGGUUCCAUCCCUUAGGGAUCUCGUCAUUGAGCUUGAAAAAGGGGGUUCACUGAAAGAUGUGAGAACUUAACCUUCAAGGGCAAUAUGAUCAUGAACUAUACAUUAUAGGCCUCGAGUAGGUUGCUUGUGAAGGCUUCGGCUUUUGGGCGUUGAUUGAGUAGUGGGGGAACCACUGUACAAUCCUUGUUCUGCAUGCAUGUUUCCAUAUUUGGUUGUAAUUAUUUCAGUAUUUCUUAUCCUGCAAUUUUGUUUAUGAAGUGUAAUUUAUCCAAAAUGCCCGAGUCC